UGGAUGGAGAUAUACAGUCAAGAGCCGCAGCUCAGUGCUGGAGUUCAACAUUUCACUGGGAGCCCUGCAGAAGCAACACCUGUUUCACGCCAGCCAAGAAGGCAUACAAGCACUCGUACGUUUUCCUCCUUUGCUUGUUGGUCGUCAAUAAUUAUGAGCCAAUGGACAUCUUCUGAACCGCUGGAGAAUUCCGGAAAAUAGAUUUGGACGUCAAAAGUUUUUUUUUUUUCCUUCUUUUUAGGGGGGCGGGAGGGGAGGAUUUAUCGCAGCCUACAACGUGAGAUUUUUUUUUUCCCCUUGAAGGAUUCAUGCUGAUGUCUGCAGAGUCUGUUAGAGAGUAAAAACAGCGCAUGCCUUCCUGGAGUCAGGAUCCAUAAAUUCUGACGUAGCCUGUGCAUCUUAAAAAUCCCUAUAAUAACGCCUAGGUAUUUAAGUUGCUAUGGUCAUUCUGAUCUCAAACCAAAUGGAGAAACUACGGAUUUUUUUCCUUAUUACGGUCGGAUGGGAUGAAGACCUUACUGCCUGCUAAGAGCUGGGGAUCUAUAGAAAUACAUAUAUAUGUUUAUAAAUAUGUCAGUGUGUGAGUAUAAAGUGGUGGUUUCUUAGACUAUCAGUGGUUUGACCUUGAACCUGUGCCAGUGAAAACAGCAUAUUACUUUUAUUUAUGCAUUUAAUGGAUUGAAGAAAAGAACAUUUUUCUCUCUGUAACUGCAGUAAGGGAGGGGAGUUGGAAAUACCUCGCCUAAUAUCUCCCGGGUUUGACACCAUCAUUAUUGUUUAUUCUUGUUCUCUAAAAGCAGAAUCUUCUGAUGGCUCCCUUAGGUGAAGUUGGGAACUAUUUCGGUGUGCAGGAUGCAGCAGUACCUUUUGGGAAUGUGCCCGUUUUGCCGGUGGAUAGCCCGGUUUUGUUAAGUGACCACCUGGGUCAGUCCGAAGCAGGGGGGCUGCCCAGGGGGCCUGCAGUCACGGACUUGGAUCAUUUAAAGGGGAUUCUCAGGCGGAGGCAGCUAUACUGCAGGACUGGAUUUCAUUUAGAAAUCUUCCCCAAUGGUACUAUCCAGGGAACCAGGCAAGACCACAGCAGAUUUGGCAUUCUGGAAUUUAUCAGCAUAGCAGUAGGUCUGGUCAGCAUUCGAGGCGUGGACAGUGGACUAUACCUUGGAAUGAAUGAGAAAGGGGAGCUGUAUGGAUCAGAAAAAUUAACCCAAGAGUGUGUAUUCAGAGAGCAGUUUGAAGAAAAUUGGUAUAAUACGUACUCAUCGAAUCUAUACAAACACGCGGACACUGGAAGACGAUAUUACGUUGCAUUAAAUAAAGAUGGGACUCCAAGAGAAGGGACUAGGACUAAAAGGCAUCAAAAAUUUACACAUUUUUUACCCAGACCAGUGGACCCUGAGAAAGUACCUGAACUAUAUAAGGAUAUUUUAAGCCAAAGUUGACAAAGACAAUUCCUUCACUUGAGCCCUUAAAGAGUAACCACUAUAAAGGUUUCAUGCGGUGGGUUCUUAUUGAUUAGCUGUGUCAUCAUAGCAGCUCCACUGUUGCCAAACUUUGUCGCAUGCAUAAUGUAUGAUGGAGGCUUGGAUGGAACAUGCUGAUUUUGUUCUGCACUUAAAGGUUGGUCCUCCCGGAGGAGAGCCUAUGCCCACUUGCUUGAUUUAUUAUGAGAGAGAGAGAGAGAGAGAGAGAGAGAGAGAGAGAGAGAGAGAAUAUGAAUGUGUGUGUGUGUGUGUGUGUGUGUGUGUGUGUGUGUGUGAGAGAGAGAGAGAGAGAGAGAGAGAGAGAGAGAGAGAGAGAGAGAGAGAGUGAAUGAGUGCAUGAGUGAAUGGGUGUGAGAAGGGGAGAUGGAAGAUAGAAAUGAAAGCAAAGAGAAAAAGGCCUGAUGCAUGCUGGGAAAUAGACACGCUUUUAAAUUUUUGAUCAGUUGUAUUUCAUCAUAUAUCAGCAUAGCUGCCAUACUUCGACUCAUCAGGAUUUCUGGCUGGUGGCCUGCUCAAGGGUACGCUGCAUUGACAAAGGCAUGGAGGGUGCAGUCUUACUUUAAAAAAAAAAAAAGACUUUUCAGUUUAAUUGCUUGCUGGUAUCAUCCCAGUGAGCUUAAAGCAAAGACCUCUUAGUAAAAAAAAAAUAAAAAGUUAAAUUUAUUUAUAGAAAUUCCAAAGGCAACAUUUUAUUUAUUUUAUAUAUUUAUUUAUUAUAUAGAGUUUAUUUUUAAUGAAAUAUGUACAGGCCAGAUAGGCAUUUUGGAAGCUUUAGGCUAUGUAAGCAUUAAAUGGCAAAGUCCGAUACGAACCUGUGGUAAAUUCAUGCAGUAACUAUAAAAGUGCAUGGAUAAAAGAAAUUCUAGUGACCCUAAUGUACUGAAAGGCGACAAUCUCUUUUGUGCCCGUAUUAUUGUACAAGUAUGCACACCACUCAUGACCCUGAGUAUUCACUCUUCAAACUGCUUGUUUCAUAGCUUAUCCCCAGAGGAUUAAAGAUCAAACUGGGUCUCAAACUCUUAUUCUGUGUCUGUAAUAUUUCCUCUCUGAUUAAGUGGCUUAUUCCAUCAUUGUAACUUCACAGUUGUGGAAAAAUAUAAGGGUUGGUAUAUAUUCUACUUGUUUAAACCUAUUGCAAAUUAUACCAAAGCUAAACAAUAAAUAUGCUUUUUAUUUUUAGCAGAUUUCCAGAACAGCAGGACUGACAUUACCAUUGUACUAAUUUAAGGUUCUCAAAAAAAAGGAAAAAAAGAAAGAAAAGAGCUUACAUAGCACAGAAUUAUUUUCAAGAGGCAAGAAUCAGAUUAAUAGGAUCACUCUUGUAAACACUUUUUAUUUGUUCACUUGGCUAUCUACUAUGAAACGAUAAAAGUUCCUUAGGGGUCAUUGUAACAUCUUCUAUGGAAAACUGCUUUCAGUGUCACCUGUCAUCAUACAUGAUACUAGCACCCUUCUUAAAGUAAAACUUGCAAAAUGAAACUAAUAAAUCUUUAUCGAUAAUGACAAUGAGGGGGAAAGCAUUAUACUUGUUGGCUGUGUUUUGUUUUUCAAAAUGGUCUUCACAAGCGCUCAAGUUUUUUUUUUUUUUAAGGGGGAGGUUACAAUAUAUAAUAACUUUUACAAAACUUUUUAUAAUGUUUUAUGCUGUCAAGCAUAGGAAUACAUAUUUCUUUAGUAGCAAUAGUUUUGGAACUUGCCCUUGGGCAAGGGAGAAUAUUUCUUACUAUAUACUAAGGAAAAUAGAGCCAAAUUCUUAAAGCAAUAUUUAAGAACAAAAAGGAAUUUAUAACAAAUUCCCAUACCACAGUUAGCCCUUUCUAGCCAGUUAUGAUGGGAAAUUGAGAGUGACGGUUUAAAAAUGUUUGGAGAUUCAUAUUCCUGAACUACUUUUAAUUUAAUAUUCCCACUUUGUUUUGCUCUAAUGCACAUUAUGUAGGACAAAGGUAUGACACUGGCAAAUUUAAAGCAGGUAUAAAAUAUCAGUACAUGUCUCAGUGUCCUGAGCUUGUGUUCUGAGGUCCUUAAGUUGGAGUAGGUAGCAACACCCUCCUCAUGAGUUGCAUUACUAAAAAUUAAAUCUAGUAAUAUGGUAUUAAAUAGGAAAAUUUUUUGGGGGGAGGGAGUGGGCAGAAGUGAUAAUAAUGAAUUGAUUUAAGGUGGAGGUUAGAAUUGCCUAUUCCCUUGUCUUAGCAUUAGUUCUAUGUCUAAAUAGUAACUUGCAUUUAAGUCCAAGAAGUAAGAGUCUUAUUUAUUUUUAAACCCUUCACUGCUAUUGGAAAUAUGCACAUAUUCAGGCUUUAGUUUUCCAGAAAAUAUUUGAUUCUUUUGAUGGAAAAGUAUUAUCUGCUCAUGAGAAAACCAAAUUUCUGAGAUGGAGAAGAUAUGACAUUCAGCACUGAAGAGGUUCAUUUCAGUCAAUUGCUAAAAGCCUCAUUAAAGUAGCAUUAGAAGUCAGGUACCCAGCGUCAAAGAGAA